CUCAAUUUGAAAGCGCCGAAUGAUUUCGACAUAAUGUGUGCGUCGUUUUUGAUGACGUAGAUCGCAAAACGUGUGCAUGUUGCCGACUAAUUGCAGCAUAUUUUAAAGGAUAUAGAAAGGUGCUCUGGUUAAAAUAUGUCACGAUUUUUCAAAGGAUCCGACUCUGAGUCGGAAAGUUCGUCUGGAGAAGACGAAAUUGUAACGACCCGCUCAGCAGCGCCUACAAAGGUUUUCCAAUUUUCUGAUGAUGAAGAAGAAACAAAACGUGUUGUUCGAAGUGAAAAAGACAAAAGAUAUGACGAUUUGAAGAAUAUUAUCAAGGACUUGAAGAACAAGAAGAAGAUUAAAGACUUGAGCAAUGUCCUCACUGAGUUUGAGUCCCUGUUGAAGGCAUAUGACAAGGCGAAGAAGGUGGUGGAGAAGGAGGGCAUUCCCCGCUUCUACAUCCGUACUCUCGUCGAGCUCGAGGACUUUGUCACUGAGUGCUGGGAAGACCGGGAGGGGCGUAAGAAGCUAAACAAGUCCCACGCCAAGAGCCUCACCACCCUGCGCCAGAAACUCAAGAAGUAUGCGCGUGACUUUGAGUCUGAAAUGGAGUCGUACAGGAAGGACCCUGAUGAGGGAGAUAUUGAGGAUGACUUUGAUGCCGUCAAUGAUGUGGCUGAGUCUGAAUCAGAAGAUGAAGCCCCAUCUACCUUCCUGAAGAAAGACAAGCCGGCUAAACCUGCGAGAGCUGUGGAUGACGAUGAUGAAGAUGAAUGGUCUCAGUCGGAGUCAGACUCUGAGGAAGAUGAAGAUGCUCCUACUGACUACACCAACAUGGCCGCAUACUUCCUUAAAGAGAAGACGUCUGAUGACAAGAAAGAGACAAAGGCUCAGAAGAAAUUGAAGCGUCAGCUGGUGAAGAAGGAUGCAGACAAGGAUGAAGACGAGGGAGAGUGGGAAGAAGUGACGGGCAAAGGGGGAGUUCCAAUGGUCGUGCAGGAGAAGCCGAAGAUGUUUCCGAAGGACACAGAGGUGAACCAUGAGGCCGUAUGCAAGAAACUGUACGAGAUCACUGCAGCCCGUGGGAAGAAGGGCACUGACAGACAGGAGCAGAUUGAGUUACUAAAGGAGCUGUACUCCAUCGCAGAGGCCAACAAACUUGGUUAUGCCAUGUCUGUCAAGAUCACCUUCAACAUAACAGCAGCCAUCUAUGACUACAACCCAAACAUCGCAACUUGCAUGAAGUCCGACAUGUGGGACAUUUGCGUAGAUGGGGUGAAAACCCUGCUGGGAAUGUUGAAGGAACACUCCGACAUCACCGUUGGGGCCAACAUCACCGAGGAUACUGAAAGCCUGGAGAAGUCACCAUUCUUGGUGCGUGGCUGUAUCCUGACCGUGGUUGAGCGUAUGUGUGAGGAGUACACAAAGAUGCUGCAGGCUUGUGAUGCACACAGCACAGAAUAUGUGGAGAGACUGCGCGAUGAUGUGAAGGUGUGUGCUAUAGUAGACGAGCUUGUGAACUACCUUGAGGGUCGGGCGACAUCAGAAGAGAUCUGCCGUGCCUACCUUCGUAAGGUCGAGUGCUGUUACUACAAGACGAACCAGUGUACUGAGGCGGACAUGGAUGUUCUUUGUAAGUUUAUCUACACGAAUGACAGCACAGACCGGCUGCGUACACGAGCCAUCCUGUGCCAAAUCUACCACCACGCCCUGCACGACCGCUGGUUCCAGGCCCGUGACCUCAUGCUCAUGUCACACCUUCAGGACAACAGCCACCAUUCUGAUGUACCCACUCAGAUCCUGUACAACCGCACGAUGGUACAGCUAGGUCUGUGUUCGUUCCGCCAGGGCAUGACAAAGGAUGCCCAUAAUGCCCUCGUUGACAUCCAGAGUGGCGGCAGAGCCAAGGAACUUCUUGCUCAGGGCCUGCUGCUGCAGCGUCAACAUGAGCGUACGCCAGAGCAGGAGAAAAUAGAAAAGCGACGUCUGUUGCCAUACCACAUGCACAUCAACCUGGAACUACUAGAGUGUGUCUACCUCGUCUCAGCUAUGCUCAUGGAGAUCCCCUACAUGGCGGCCCAUGAGAUGGACGCCCGACGGCGUAUGAUCAGUAAGAACUUUCACCACGUGUUGCGUAUGAGCGAGCGUCAGACUUUGACGGGACCUCCAGAGAGCAUGCGGGAACACAUUGUGGCCGCCUCCCGUGCCAUGAAAACUGGAGACUGGAAGGCUUGCAAAAACUUCAUCAUCAACGAGAAGAUGAAUACAAAGGUGUGGGAGCUGUUCCAGGAUGACCGUAAUAAAGUGUGUGACAUGAUUGUGUCCAAGAUCCAGGAGGAGAGUCUGCGUACGUACCUGUUCACAUACAGCAGCGUGUAUGACACACUCUCCCUUGUCACCCUUGCAGACAUGUUCGAGCUGGACGUCUACAAAGUUCAUUCCAUCAUCUCUAAGAUGGUCAUUAAUGAGGAACUUAUGGCAUCCCUUGAUGAGCCGACCCAGACCGUGAUCAUGCACCGCACUGAGCCGACCCGUCUCCAAGCCCUCGCUCUCCAGCUCUCAGAGAAGGUGGGAAACCUUGUGGAGAACAACGAGCGCAUACUAGAAAUCAAACAAGGAAACUUCUUCUUCAACAAGUCUGGAAACCAACAAAACCAACAGCAAGGUGGCGGGUAUCAAGGGAAUCAACAGAACUGGAAUAAGUCUUCACAAAAUCGUCGAAACCAACGUCAACAUAGAGCCUACUAGAUUGCCCAAAUUCCUUGAAAUAGUUGUUUAAAGUCAACGUUUUAGUGUGUGUUAGCAUUGUUGCUAUAUUUUGAAGAUGAACUGUUUGAAGAGAUCAUGUUAUAGUUGUAUGGUACUGAAUUUUUCUUAUUUAUUUGCUUAUGUACCAAUAAUGAACAUUAAUGGUAACAUCUGUCUGAACUUGACACUUAAGAGUUUGUGUUCUUAUCAAAAUAAACUGUUUUUUCAAUGUACAAGAUUUCUCCCCCUCUAACUAUAUGGGCAGACUGGUUUUUGUUAACAUCUUAAUAUGACUGUUAUAAAUGCCAUCUCUACCAGUCUGCCCAGACACCAUAGUGCUUAGGUCAUUAUUUUAUUUAUCGCUUAUUGUAUGGUCAUUUGUAAAAUCUUGAAUAAACUGUCCAACAAGUCA